GGAAUAAAUUUUGAAGAGAGGAGUGUUUGAGAAUUUGAUAGACAAAGCAGAGAUCUUUAAGAGGUACGAUGGUUCCUAAGAUCACAUCAAUGGCGGUCGCUAAACCUCUCUGCUCAGUCUCUUGCUUACUCCUCUCUUCCUCUCUCGUCUUCGUGGUCUCGCUUCUCUUUUUCUUCUCCAAUUCCUUAACAUCCGACCAAAAUCCCAGGAUCUCACUCGAUACCUUCCAUACCGGCAUCAACGUGUUCGUAGCUGAGCUUCCGAGAUCCCUAAACUACGGUCUUCUGGACAAGUACUGGUCCUCUUCCCCAGAUUCACGCAUACCCAGCGACCCGGAUCACCCGACCCGUAAAACCAAUUCACCCAAACCCGAGAAAUACCCACCGUACCCGGAGAAUCCGCUGAUUAAGCAGUACAGUGCAGAGUACUGGAUCAUGGGAGACCUCGAGACUCCACCGGAGAAGCGCACUGGAUCUUUCGCCAAAAGGGUUUUCAGCGAAUCCGAGGCUGAUGUCGUGUUCGUGCCCUUCUUCGCGACUCUAAGCGCGGAGAUGGAGCUUGGAAAUGGAAAAGGCUCCUCCUUUAGGAAGAAAUCUGGAAACGAAGACUAUCAGAGACAGAGACAAGUUCUUGAUUUCCUCAAGAACACUCAAGCUUGGAAGCGAUCUGGUGGACGUGAUCACGUCUUUGUUCUAACUGACCCUGUUGCAAUGUGGCAUGUCCGCGAGGAGAUUGCUUUAUCCAUUCUACUAGUUGUGGAUUUUGGAGGAUGGUUCAGGCAAGAUUCUAAGUCUUUCAACGGUACUAGCUUCCCUGAGAGGAUAGAGCAUACUCAAGUCUCUGUCAUUAAGGAUGUGAUUGUUCCAUACACGCAUCUUCUUCCUAGGCUAGAUUUGUCUCAGAACAAGAGACGUCACAGCCUACUUUAUUUCAAAGGCGCUAAGCACAGACAUCGGGGAGGGUUAAUAAGAGAAAAACUAUGGGACUUGCUGGUGGAUGAACACGGCAUUGUCAUGGAAGAAGGUUUCCCUAAUGCAACGGGAAGAGAACAAUCGAUAAGAGGAAUGAGAAGCUCAGAGUUUUGCUUGCACCCAGCCGGUGACACUCCCACUUCGUGCCGUCUCUUUGACGCCAUACAAAGCCUAUGCAUCCCUGUGAUUGUCAGCGACAACAUAGAGCUCCCGUUUGAAGGAAUGAUAGACUACUCAGAGUUCUCAGUCUUUGUCUCUGUAAGUGAUGCAUUAAGGCCUAAAUGGUUGGCUAAUCAUCUCAGAAAUUUCUCUGAAAGAGACAAGGAAACCUUCAGAAGUAGAAUGGCAAAGGUUCAGUCAGUUUUUGUGUAUGACAAUGGUAAAGCGGAUGGUAUUGGACCGAUUCAACCCGAUGGUGCGGUGAAUCACAUAUGGAAGAAGGUUCAUCAGAAGGUGCCCAUGGUGAAGGAAGCAGUGUUUAGGGAGAGGAGAAAACCAGCUGCUACUUCUGUUCCUCUUCGAUGUCAAUGUAUCUAAAAUUGUUUUUCUUUAGUUUACUUCACGAUAAUACAUACAUUCCCUUUGUUCUCAGAUAAUAUAUACUAGGAUAAGACGUCUCGGUUCAGUUUUUUGAUAUUUUGAUUUAUAAAAAUUAGAUACCGUAUUAAAAUCA